GAAAUAGAAAUAUUUUGUUGUUAUGUUAUAUAAAUAUCUUUAUGUGAAUGCAUGUCUCUAUAAGGCCAUUCACUUCCAAAAAUGAACUUGUACUCAAGAUUCAUGCAGUUUAAAGUACAGUAGGGCUGGGCAACUUCGGUCCUGGAUUUAGCUUCUAAUCAAACACACCUGCACAAGCUAAUCAGUGUCUUCAAGAUCACUAGAAAGCUACAGGCAGGUGUGUUUGAUUAGGGUUGGAGCUUAACUUUGCAGGACAGUGGCCCUCCAGGACUGAAGAUGCCCAGUCCUGAAGUACAGGGACAAAACUGCAACAGACAUUUAAAUGAAUUAAAUUAGAUAACCUUUUAGUCCUUUAAGAUUGUUUUCUUAUGGCACAACUUUUUUCCCAAGUUAGUACUGAAAUAGCCACAACUGGGACGGACUUGUGCUGUUCUCUUACUGUUGCGUUAAAAGUCAUGGGGAAAAGACUAUAGAUCUGUUCCCCACUCAACUAGACAUGUCCUGGAUAAGUACUUCAAAGUAUCAAAGAACCUGUCUGUCUGUGUACUAACUCCAUGGAGACAAAUCAGGCUGGUCUGCUUCAUAAAAAAGAGUCCCUUCUCUCUUCUCUUUUCAAGGGGGUUACACAGAGAGAGAGAGAGAGAGAGAGCGAGAGAGACAGUGAGUAGUGAGUGAAAGACGUAGCCGGGUAAUACGGUGCUGUUUAUAUAAUGCAGAUUCUAAGCCAUGAGGGGAGUUCAUCUAUAGUUCAGUGGUGGCACAGCAUACAUAAUACUCUGAUUACUCUAAUCUAGAUCUCGUCUGCCAAUUAUAUUCAGUACUGUAGAACUCCACAGCAUUCCUCAUAAACCAGGGCUUUGUCUCUAGGUAUGGCUGUCGUCAACAACAUUUAACUGGCUUUUAUUUUCCUACUGUGUGAACAGACACAUUCAUUACUGCAGGCUGCUGGAACAGUAAGCAGUUUCAGUUGAAAACAUCACAUCUUAAGACUGAGAUGUUCAUUACUGUGAUAUUAGGUGAGGGAAGAGAGGAGAUAUUGAACCUAAACUGCAAGGUGAUAAACUUCAUCCACUGUAUAAAAGAAAAAUGCAAUCUGGAUCCCCAAGAGACUGUGGACUUGAUGGACAGGACGGGAGAGCUGGUGAACUUGGCUGAGAGAGAGCAGAGCACCGACCUCGUCAGCAGUUUGCUGAAGGAGAGAGAGAGCUAUAUUCCAUUACGUGUAUCACGAGGUGAAGGCAGUGAAGGUCCAAAGUAUACUGCAGUGUAUGACUUUGGGACAAGUUACCCUGAGCUAGCAGAGAUUCUGAGAAAACUGUCAAAUCCUUCAAAGGAGCGGGACAAAAGGGGUGGAGCAUCUAAAAGGGGAGGAGUCAGUCAACACCGCAUCAAAGCUGCCAUCAACUUUAAGAAAGCCAUCACAACACCUCGGAGCUGAAAACACUCUCUUACUAUUUCCUUGUGUUCUUUAACAAUUUUAUAAAUAUUUUAGAAUUGGUUAUAUCAUAUAUAUCAAUGUGAAGAAUAUUUUUUGUUUGUGUAUAUACACAACCAUUCAA